AGCAUUGAUAAAUCAUGUGUGUGGUGGAUGCGGAAGGACCGUUGUCACAGUUGCCGGCUGGGAAUGGGAGCAGAAUGGUCCAAGCUCGGGCUCUGCGCUAACUUUAGCGCAAGGGUCCAGCAUCGCGACAGCUCCACGCGUAACUUCACCACUUCAACACUCUACAGACAAUCCUUCUGAAGCUUGCCGGGUGCACAACCACCGACUGCGAAUAUGGACGAUCCUCAACGACCACCAACACCCGAUGACGAAGACAUCAAGCUCAACUUCUUCCCCGACCCCCCGCCUUUCUACAAGCACUUCACAACCGAAAACCUCGCGCGACUCAAAGACAUUGAGAAGGAAGCCGCGCCAGAAGAUGACGGAACGAAACCCUCGCCCUCGUAUCCAGCGACAAAACUCACCGCUGAGCAAAUUCUCGCCCUACCAACCGAGCUGCGCUACCUCAUCCCGCCCGAACCGCCCGCCGACGAUGCCGAGUUCCACGUCUUCGGUACAAAAGAAAAGGCAAAAGGCAAAGAUGUAUUCCAGCAGAACAUGGACUUCAUAGCCGAGCAACUCAAGUGGCAAGAUGUCUUUCAAGACUGGACGUACGAACAACUCUACCCUUCCUCCUCCACCGAGCCUACGACCGACGACCCCUCCGCGCAACUACCUACGGCAAACAACUCCGCGUCUCUCGACCGGCAAAACUACCUCUUCCGAUUCCUACGAAGCAUACUCAUGAGUUACAUAUCGCUACUGGGCAUCGUGGCAGCGAAUCCGACAUCAGAGCAGAAAGACCAGAAACUCAAGGAUAUCAUGACGCUGGUUGCGAAUAUGCAUGCGCUUAUCAAUGAGUAUAGGCCGCAUCAGGCGAGGCAGACGCUCAUUGCGAAGAUGGAGGAGCAGGUGCGCAAGAAGAGGGAGGAGGUUGAGGGUGUGAGGAGGAUGGGAGAGAAGGUCAAGGAGGUGCUUGCUGGAUUCGGUGGGGUGGAUGGUGAGGAUAAAUCCGGAGACGGGGGUGAAGAGACUAUGGAGGAUGGUAUAAGGGCGAGGGAAGAGGAUAGAAGGCGCGUGCAGAGGGGCAUGUGGGAGGCUAUUGGUGAGGUUGUGGGAUAAGACGUGCGAAUUCAGGCAAUUAUCACGACGAAUAGCAUUGUUAUACGAGGCAGCGAAAGCUGAGCUCUGCUGUGGAUGCGCGGUGGCCUCACAAGUUCAGUCCGUAGCUCUGAAGCUGGCACAUAACGCGUCUCCCACAUCAGUGCAAAGAAGCAUCGAGGUAUCUCUGACAAACAUGGCAGACGUUCGAUCUCAGAACCGCUGCGCCUAGUACACAUCGCAAACAAGCGGCAACAUGGCCUGGGUUCUGGCAUCGUGCUGGGCAUCCAUCCAUGGAUUGCUCCAAAAGGCGCCAUCAUUAUAUUUACGCCCACUACAUGCAUAUCUUCCACAUACGACCAUAGGAUCAUGAAAAUUAGGCUUCCCGUCCGCUCAGCCAUAUACAAGCAUGAUACCGGCGGA